AUGGCUGCCAAAACGGACGCCCCCGAGCUCACGCUUGAUGCCAACUCGCAAACCGGGUUUUUCAAGUGGUUCAAGAGCCUCGAUCAGGACCCCAAACUCCUGCGGUUCUUUGACAGGAAGGGCUUCUAUUCCUGCCAUGGAGAAAACGCGCUGUUUGUGGCGCGCACCUUUUACCGCACCACAGCCGUCGUCAAGUACCUGGGGGCGGCCGGCGGCGGCGCGGGCGGCGGCGCCGGGACGCCGCCCCCAGGGGCCGCGGGCCUGCCGUCGGUGACGCUCAACCGCCAGCUGUUUGAGGGCGCUCUGAGGGACCUGCUGCUGGAGGGCGGCCAGCACAGCGUUGAGCUGUGGGACGGAUACGGCGCGCACUGGAAGGUCGCAAAGAGCGCGUCCCCCGGACGGCUGUCGGCCUUUGAGGAUGAGCUGUUCAGGGGCGGAGAGGCGGCCGACGCGCCGCUGGUGGCAGCGGUAGCGCUGGGGUACUCGGAGGGGCAGAGGACGGUGGGCGCAGCAUUCCUCGACCCGGGAAACAGGCGCCUCGGCGCCUGCCAGUUUGUCGACGACGAGCACUUCUGCUCCCUGGAGGCCCUGCUCGUGCAGCUGGGGGCGCGCGAGGUCGUCAUACAAAAGCCGGCCGACGGCGAAAAGUCCGACAAGGGCGGCGGCGGCGGCGGCGCGCCGGGUGCGGCGGGUGCAGGCGCAGACGCGCGGCGGCUGGCGGAUGUGCUGGACCGUGUGGGGGCGAUGGGCAGCGAGCGGCCGCGGGCGCUGUUUGCGGCGAAGCACCUGGAGCAGGACUUGGGGAAGCUGCUCAAGAGCGAGACCAUAGAGCAGCACCGCGAUGUCCUGGAGCGCCCCCAGGCCUGCGCCGCGCUGUCCGCGCUGCUGGCCUUCACGGAGCUCACGGCCGACGCGGCCGCGCUGGGCAAGCACACGCUGGCCCUGCACGACCCCGGCAGGUUCAUGCGCCUGGACGCGGCGGCGCAGCGCGCGCUGCACGUUUUCCCGGCGCGCGGAGACGCAAACGGCACAUUCAGCCUGUACGGCCUCAUGUGCCGGGCGCGCACCGCCAUGGGCAAGCGGCGGCUAAAGGUGUGGCUCAAGCAGCCGCUGGUGAACGCCGCCGACAUCGCGGCGCGCCUGGACGUCGUCGAGGCACUCGCGGGCGACGCCACACUGCGCGACGGCGUGCGCGACGCGCUGCGCGGCAUGCCGGACAUCGAGCGGCUGACCCGCAAGCUGGAGGCGGGGCGCAUCAGCCUGUCGGAGCUGUGCCAGCUGUACCGCGCGUCGAGCGCGCUGCCGCGGCUGGAGGACGCGCUGCGGUGCCACGAGGGGCCCGCGGCCGCGCUGCUGGCGGAGCGGUUUGCGUCCCCCCUGGCCGCCGCCCAUGACGACGAGCACCUGUCAAAGUUUGAGAUGCUGCUGGAGGCGUCCAUAGAUCUGGACAGGGUGCCCGAGGAGUACGUCAUCUCCGCCAGCUACGACCCCAAGCUGCAGGCCCUGAGGGAGCAGAAGGACGCGGUGGAGGACGACAUCCAGGCCAUUGCCACGGCUGUCGCCAAGGACCUGGGCCUGGUGCUGGACAAGACCAUCAAGCUGGAGUGGCACAAGGCCGCCAACACGCGCACCCGCUGCCUGCGCAUCACGCAGAAGGAGGAGAAGGCCGUGCGCAGCAGGCUGCAGGCAAA